AUGGGAGGGGCAUCACUACCACCAGGUUUCAGAUUCCACCCAACUGAUGAGGAGUUAGUGGGAUACUAUCUCAGUAGAAAAGUGGAGGGGCUUGAAUUUGAGCUCGAAGUAAUCCCUGUGAUCGAUUUGUACAAAUUUGAUCCCUGGGAGCUGCCAGAGAAAUCGUUUCUCCCCAGGCGAGAUAUGGAAUGGUUCUUCUUCUGUCCAAGGGAUCGUAAGUACCCGAAUGGUUCAAGAACAAAUAGAGCUACUAAAGCUGGCUACUGGAAAGCCACUGGAAAAGACCGCAAGGUUGUCUGCCAAUCUAGUGUUACUGGAUACCGCAAGACCCUUGUUUUCUAUCGUGGACGUGCUCCUUUAGGUGAUCGAACAGACUGGAUUAUGCAUGAGUACCGCCUCAAUGAUGAUUUUGCUCAGGGGUCACCAGGUCAUAAGGGAGUUUUCGCUUUGUGCCGUGUUGUUAAAAAGAAUGAGCACACACAAAAGGCAAAUGAUUGCAGUGCAGAACCCAAGGCUAAGACGGUUGGAAGUACUUCAAGCAAUGGGGAUUUGACCUCAACAAUAAACUCGAAUGAGACCUUGAGCAUCUCUGCUGGAAUGUCAUCUCAAGUGAACUACCAGCAUGACGAGAGUCGCCAUUCAAGCCAUACUACUUCUCCAUAUGAAGUCACUCCAAUGGCAGAGUUUGAGCCAGCUCCAAGAGACACCAAUCCUACAGCCUUCUGGGUUUCACCUGACUUAAUUCUUGAUUCUUCAAAGGACUACCCACAGUUGCAAGGAGCUGUGCCUAAUUAUAUCCCACAGUCCGAGUUUCCAAGCACAAUGUCACCAUGGCAGUCAUAUGAACAUACCGAGAUUUCACCUAGUUCAUCAUACUCGAAUUUCGGGGACUUCCAAAUGGCUGAUGAUCUGAAUCAAAUGGCCUGCAUGUCACCUUUCUCAGGACACACAGACUACAUGAGUUAUUGUGGAAAUGAGGGAUUGCAAUUUGAAGUAUCUGAAACAUGGGAUGGACAAGCUCCAAUUUGCAGGCAAGUGAGCGCAGAUGGGAAUUUAGGGGAGCUUGGAGGUCUAUGGCUGCAGGAAGACAAUAUGAUAAUUGUGAUGUAGGGGUUUCCAAGACAACGCCUUUUAAUGUUGGUUCUUGGUAGUAAAAAAUAAUCAAUAGUCUUCUUUAUGUAAGGAGUGGUCUGUUUUCUCUGUAAUAGUACUGUCUGCAUUGUUUGGAGUUGUUUCAGAAGCCACUUAUCAUCUUCAUGGUUUCUCUUAAUAUUGUCAGUUAGUAUCCCCCAGGUGAUAAUCACUUUUAUCGGUUUCACCUGGAGUUGGUUUGUAGUAGCUAUACUGUUUUCCAAAGUGAGCUUCUUGAAUGUAAGCAACCUUGUGGUUAAUUAUAUAGUGUAAUUUUCUAUACUUGAUAAUCUUUAUGUAUUGAUUCCUCUUAUGACAGCAGUAAACAGCCAUUGUUUAGAUACUUUAUUCCUUGGCUUCUAAUG